AUGGCUAAAGCAACUUCUUCACUUGUUGUUGCCCUCAUCUUUCUAGUGAUGUUUUCUUUAGUUGAGGAAAAUAUGGGAUGUCGAGUGGAUUAUGGCUCAUGCAAGGAUAUGCCAAACUGUCAAGUUUUUUGCCAGGUUAAAUUUGGAUCAGCUGCAUCGGGUUCGUGUGAAGGCGGCUAUGAAACGGGAAGAUGUUUUUGUGAUUUUCCAGGUCCUUGUAUCGGCAGAUAA